AUGGGCUUCUUGGAAGAGGAGGGCAGCUGGAGCCUGUCCUUUGCGGGCUCGGGCUACCUGGGUCUCUACCAUGUGGGGGUGACCCAGUGCCUGCGCCAGCAUGCCCCUCGAGUCCUCCAGGGUGCCCGCCGCUUCUACGGCUCCUCGGCUGGGGCCCUCAACGCCCUUGGCAUCAUCUGCAACAAGCCGGUGGACUUCUGCUGCUCCAACCUCCUGGACAUGGUUAAGCACUUGGAGGGGCUGAGCCUGGGCAUCUUCCACCCGGCCUACGCACCCAUAGAAUACAUCAGGCAGCGGCUGCGAGACUCACUGCCUGAGGACUGUCACAUCCUGGCCUCCCAGCAACUGGGCAUCUCACUGACCCACUGGCCUGAUGGCCAGAAUGUCAUAGUCACCGACUUUGCCACCAAAGAGGAGGUCAUCCAGGCGGUGAUCUGCACCCUGUACUUCCCCUUCUACUGUGGGAUGAUCCCCCCCAAGUUCAGAGGGGAGCGCUACAUCGACGGAGCGCUGAGCAGCAACGUGCCCUUCGCCAGCUGCGCCUCCACCAUCACCGUCUCACCCUUCAGCGGGACGGUGGACAUCUGUCCCCCGAGCACCUCAGCCAGCCUGCACGAGCUGAAUGCCUUCAAUGCCAGCUUCCAGAUCUCCACCGCCAACUUCUUCCUGGGCUACCAAUCCCUCUUCCCCCAGAGUCCUGAGGUGAUGGCCGACAUUUGCAGACAGGGCUACUUGGACUGCCUGAGGUUCCUGGAGCAACGCGGGCUCACCAAGGAACCAGUGCUGUGGACGCUGGUAUCGAGGGAGUGGUCAACCCCAGCAGAGGGGCCUCGGGAUGCCAGCAGUGACGGGGGACUCAACUGGGAUGUGCCCUAUGUGCGGGUGAAGGAUGUGCCCGACUUCGAGCAGCUGUCGCCCGAGCUGGAGGCUGCACUGAAGAAGGCUUGUCAGAGGGACCCCAGCGCCUGGGCGUGCUUCCGCCGCUCGGGGCCUGGGAAGACGCUGACCUACCUGCUGCUGCCCUGGUCGCUGCCCUUCGAGUACAUCUACUUCCGGAGCUGGAGGCUGGCCCUGUGGCUGCCCGAGGCGCCAGAUGACCUGCUGUGGAUGUGGGGCCUGAUGAAGAGCAUGGCACAUGAGGUCUUCUCCAGGAUGAAGGCUAGGCUCAGGUGA